AUCAACUUCUUCCCCUCGCAUCAUUGCACCCCAUCUUUGAGCCCUUACCACAGUGAUUGCCACCAUCCGAGAGUCGCUUAAACUUGUGCGGCAACUCGAAUUGCUCAGAAACUCUAGGGACAAUCGUGUCUGUAAUCGUGCGUGAUGUUUUGCGACAUUUGGGAGCCCAGCGACAAUUGGGCUGGCAUAUCUGAUCAAGCGCGAAGAAAAAAGUUGCAAAAUAAGCUCAAUCAGCGCGCGUAUCGUAGGAGACAUGGAAAAAAGGGCGAUCAGGCAUCAUCGAGUUCAGGAGAAUCAGAUAACCGGGGCGUGAUCUGCACAAUAGUCAGAGACACAACCAUCAGACAGCACGAAGCCGAAGCUGGAGCAGCUAGUCUGAUAGGCGCCGUUAGAAAUGACGAGAGCAUAUUGAUCACGUUAUUGGCCGGAUGCGAGCUCAUCGAGUGUCCUCGACGGCAAGCGUUGGCUCGAACACGCAUACAGCAAGUAUACGAGGACUACUCUCUCCACGCUCCUAGACCAAAAGCUUUACAUACUCUCAUACGACUACGAGUUCUCGCCGCCCUCGCUCACAACGCAUCGUGCAUGGGGUUUCCCGCAGAAGGCCUAUGCCGAUCAGAUUACAUCUCACCAUAUAAUACCUAUGGCCCCUUGAUCCCCUUUCAAUCACGCAUAGCCAGUCCAGCCCUGCAGCCUACUCUCCUGCAAAGAACGGUCCUUCACCAUCCAUGGAUCGAUCUGUUCCCUUUCCCUCGCCUCCGGGACAACGUUCUCGUCGGGGUAGUCAAAGGGGAUCUGGACGACGACGAGCUAUGCGCUGAUAUUUUGGAGGUCAAGGACGAGGAUCUCGGCGACAAGCCUUCGCUGAUUGUAUGGGGCGAACCCUGGGACUCGAAAGCGUGGGAGGCGAACGAGAACUUCUUUACGAAAUGGGGAUUCUUGGUCAAGGGGUGUCCGGAGCUGUUAGAGGCUACAAACUGUUGGAGGGUGAAGCGGGGUGAAGAGAAAUUCGUGUUCGAAGUUUGAGCUUAGCCUGAGGGAGGUUAAUUGCACAUGGGUAUUCAGGCACUAUAUAGAUCAUGAACGAGAAAG